AUGGGUUCUUCCGUGAGGAUAUUUGGAGCCGUAAGGACGGCUAGAUCUAUUGCAAUUAGGAGAUAUGGCACAAUAUACCACGGCAAAAGAAGAGAAGUCUUUGGACAGCAACAGCAGCAGAGAACCCUCCUCACACAAAGUUACGCUGAAGGUCCUACUGAGCCACCCCUGCUCACGCAGACGAUUCCAGAACACUUUUCCUCCAUUGUUUCGGAGUACGGCGAUCGAACAGCCGUUAUAUCGAAAAGUCAAGUAGAAGUAGGGAGGUUGACAUAUAGACAGCUGGAUGAGAAGAGUAAUGUGCUGGCGCGGGGAUUGCAGGAGAGGGGCGUGAGGAAGGGGGAUAGGGUUGCUAUUAGUUUAGGGAAUUGUUGGGAGUUUGCUGCACUCACUUAUUCGAUUUUUAAGCUUGGUGCUAUAUUGGUAUAUCCCCUCCCUUUCCAACUCCAUUCUCAGAGAGAAAUGACAACGUGGGAUAAAGUUCCCCUCAACCCGGCCUUUAACUCCACACAAGUCAUCUCCGCACUCUGCCAUCUCGAUGCCUCACAUCUUAUCAUAGGCGCCGAGACAAAUCUGGCCUACAAGCCUCCCAGAGAAAACAUCUCGCUUCUCAAAGCCAUAGCAGGAGACCUGACAUCCUCAACCCUUCAGUCCAGAUUAGUCCCCUCCCUGCGCACUAUCACCCUGGUAAACAACGCCACUGCUCCAUCACAUAUCGACACCACCCCCUUCACAUCCACAAUACCAUUCACAGCCCUCCUCCACUCAUCACCCCAAGCCAUCGUCCCUGACGCCUCGCUUCACGCAGACGAUACAGUGAACAUUCAGUUCACAUCCGGCACUACCUCAGCCCCCAAAGCAGCAUGCUUAUCCCAUCGCUCUAUCCUUAAUAACGGGUAUUUCAUAGGACUCAGAAUGGGUCUUACGCCACAAGAUGUGGUGUGUUGUCCGCCUCCGCUAUUCCAUUGUUUUGGAUGUAUCUUAGGAUAUAUGGCGACCGUCACACACGGCUCAGCCAUCUUAUUCCCAAGUCCAGCUUUCAACCCGCGGGUGACUUUAGAAGCCGUCCAAGCCGAGAGAGCCACCGCGCUAUACGGCGUAGCAACCAUGUUUGUCUCGGAGCUUGAACUCCUCUCCAGCGGCACCGUCCCCCGUAGCGGCUUCGAGCAUCUACGCACGGGUAUCGCGGCCGGGUCUUCAGUACCUUCACAUCUGAUGUCGAAGCUGCACAGAGAGUUGAACCUAACGGGCCUGACAAUCUGCUACGGCAUGACGGAAACAAGCCCCGUAUCCUGCAUGACGACGCCCUCCGACCCGCUCCCCAAACGCCUCGAUUCCGUGGGCCGGCUCCUGCCUCACGUCCACGCAAAAGUAGUAUCCGUCACCGACCGCACUCACAUCCUGCCUGUCGGCGAGCGCGGCGAACUAGCCAUAGCAGGCUACAACGUCAUGAAAGGAUACUGGAACGACGCAUCGCGCACCGCAGAAGUGCGCGUGAUCGACCAUGAUGAUCAGGGCAAGGUGUGGAUGCAUACGGGCGACGAAGCGGUUAUGGACGCCGAGGGAUAUGUGAAAAUCACGGGCCGGAUCAAGGAUCUGAUUAUUCGCGGCGGUGAGAAUAUUCAUCCGCUGGAAGUCGAGAAUGCGCUGUUUGCACACCCGGCUGUGUCUGAGGUCUCUGUUGUGGGACUCCCGGAUGAGAAAUACGGGGAGGUGGUGGCUGCGUUUGUCGUGCCUCAUCAGAAUACCGCUCUUGGACCUGAUGACUCCGCUUCCGCUUCCACUUCCAAUCCCACACCCAGCGAAAAGCAAAAACAAAAGCAAAAACAAGGCGGCGUGAACUCAGGUCUACAUGCCCAUGGAAGCGAAGCAGACUCAAAGCUCUUGACGACAGAAUGGGUUAGAGAAUGGGUCAGAGAACAGUUGAGUGGGCAUCUAGUGCCAAAAUAUGUUUUUUGGGUCACGGAGUAUCCAAAGACGGCGAGCGGAAAGAUUCAGAAGUUUAAGUUGAGGGAGAUGGGAAUUAGUUGGCUUGAGAAGGGGAGAGGAGAGGGAGAAUAA